AAUAGAAACGUCCAAGAAAGAGACCAAUUCAAAAAAAAAACGGUCAAUUAAAAGAAGCGGUUUGAGUUGAAAUAGGCGGGCACGUGGUGUGUUUUCGCGACUCACCAGAGAAGAAACAUUGAGAGCUUCGUUUUGAUCGAACUGUUUUGAGAUUCAGACGGUACAGAUCGUGAUCGGAGAAUCAUAAACAAUAAUGGUGAAGGAGACGGAGUACUACGACGUGCUCGGCGUUAGCCCCACAGCUACGGAGGCCCAGAUUAAGAAAGCUUACUACAUCAAGGCACGCCAAGUACAUCCAGAUAAAAACCCCAAUGAUCCUCAGGCUGCUCAUAAUUUCCAGGUGCUGGGAGAGGCCUACCAAGUGUUAAGUGAUCCAGGGCAACGUCAGGCAUAUGACACAUAUGGGAAGUCUGGGGUUUCCACUGAGAUCAUUGAUCCCGCGGCAAUAUUUGCUAUGCUUUUUGGGAGUGAACUUUUUGAAGAAUACAUAGGGCAGCUUGCUAUGGCAUCAAUGGCUUCACUUGAUAUUCUCUCCGAAGGAGAUCAGAUUGAUACUAAAAAGAUUGUAGAUAAAAUGAGGGCUGUUCAGAAAGAAAGAGAAGACAAGCUUGCUCAUAUUCUCAAGGACCGCCUCUACCUAUAUGUGACCAACAAAGACGAAUUUAUUAGCAAUGCUGAAGCUGAAGUUACAAGACUCUCUAAUGCAGCAUACGGUGUGGAAAUGCUGAAUACGAUCGGGUAUAUUUAUGUAAGACAAGCGGCGAAAGAGCUUGGGAAGAAAGCUAUAUAUCUUGGUGUACCAUUUGUUGCUGAAUGGUUCAGGACGAAAGGUCACUUGAUCAAAUCCCAAGUAACAGCUGCAACAGGCGCAUACGCUUUAUUCCAGCUGCAAGAGGAAAUGAAAAGGCAGCUAAGUGCUGAAGGAAACUAUACUGAGAAGGAACUUGAAGAGUACAUGAAGUCACAUAAGAAAGUGAUGAUUGAUUCUCUGUGGAAACUCAAUGUUGCUGAUAUCGAAAGCACCAUCUCCCGUGUUUGUGAACUGGUUCUUCAAGAUCCCAUUGCCAAGAGAGAGGAGCUUCGUGCAAGGGCAAAGGGGUUAAAAACUUUGGGGAAGAUCUUCCAGAAAAACAAGAUAGCCAGUGAGAGUGAUCCAUUAGUAAGAGCUGAACUUCACAAAAUAAACGGAAAUGGUCAAGACCGUGAUGCACCAAAAGCUGAUGAAGCAUCACAUUCUACAUUUGGGCCUCAGGAACCGCAAAGCCCAUAUGUGGAAGCACCGAAGCUUGGAGAAGAGCAAUUCAAUUAUUACUUCCCAAGGCCUGCGCCACCUCCGGGAGCGCAGAGACGCUCUUGAAAACUGGCAAAGGAUUGAUUCAAGAUAAGAGAUCGUGAAAGGUCAUCUAAUAUUACAAAUUUUCAAGCCUUUAUGCAUAUAUAGAUGUGUAUUUACUGGCGGUGGUAACAUUUAUCAGGAUAAGAAAUGAUUUGAUCUUUGAAAACAACAUAAACUCUCGUCUUUGACAAUGUACAAUGUUCUAUUUUUUUUAUUUUAUCUAUAUCUAAGAUGAUGUUGGAGA